UUUAGGUGAAGAGACACAGAGAGAGUGCAGUUCUAGGUGCGAGAAAAACACAUACACACUCUAGAAACAUAAACUAACAAUUUCUGUGUAGAAAUGGAUUCAGAUUAUGGAGUUCCAAGAGAGCUUUCUGAUCUACAAAAGAAUCGAUCUUUAUACAAACCCGAACUCCCCCCUUGCCUUCAGGGAACUACUGUGAGAGUAGAGUUUGGUGAUGCGACUGCUGCAGCAGAUCCUUCUGGUGCAAAUGCCAUUGCUCGGUCAUUUCCUCACACUUAUGGUCAACCUUUGGCUCAUUUUCUCAGAGCAACAACUAAAGUAGCGAAGUCUCAGACUAUUGAUGAGCAUCCUGCAGUAAAGGUUGGACUGGUUUUCUGUGGUAGACAAUCUCCCGGAGGACAUAAUGUUGUAUGGGGUCUUCAUGAUGCUCUCAAAACUCACAAUCCUAAGAGCACUUUGCUUGGAUUUCUAGGUGGUUCGGACGGUUUAUUUGCACAAAAAACUCUCGAGAUCACAGAUGAUGUUCUUGCAACCUACAAAAAUCAAGGUGGUUAUGAUCUAUUGGGACGAACAAAGGAUCAAAUAAGAACCACAGAACAAGUAAAUUCCGCAAUGGCAGCAUGCAAGGCUUUGAAGUUGGAUGGCCUAGUCAUUGUUGGAGGGGUUACGUCUAACACCGAUGCUGCUCAGCUUGCUGAGACUUUUGCUGAAGCAAAAUGCUCUACAAAGGUGGUUGGAGUACCAGUUACCUUGAACGGAGAUCUUAAGAACCAAUUUGUCGAAGCAAAUGUUGGGUUCGAUACAAUAUGCAAGGUUAACUCUCAACUCAUCAGUAAUGUCUGCACUGAUGCUCUUUCUGCCGAAAAGUACUACUAUUUUAUCCGGCUCAUGGGUAGGAAGGCAUCUCAUGUUGCCGUGGAGUGCACUCUGCAAUCACAUCCUAACAUGGUUAUCCUUGCUGAAGAAGUUUCCGCUUCAAAGCUUACUCUUUUUGAUAUAACAAAACAAAUUUGUGAUGCGGUCCAAGCCAGGGCAGAACAAGACAAGAAUCAUGGUGUCAUCCUACUUCCAGAAGGGCUUAUUGAAAGCAUCCCGGAAGUUUACGCACUUUUGCAGGAAAUCCACCAUCAUCUUCGACAAGGUGUUUCCGCUGAUAAAAUAUCAACGAAAUUGUCUCCUUGGGCAUCCGCGUUGUUUGAAUUUUUACCACUCUUUAUUAGGAAACAGCUUCUCCUCCAUCCCGAAUCAGAUGACUCAGCUCAGUUGUCUCAGAUUGAGACGGAAAAGCUUCUUGCUGAACUUGUGGAAGCAGAAAUUAACAAGAGACUGAAAGAAGGUACAUACAAGGGGAAAAAAUUCAAUGCAAUUUGCCACUUCUUUGGCUAUCAAGCUCGGGGUUCUUUGCCAUCAAAAUUCGAUUGUGACUAUGCCUAUGUUCUUGGACAUAGCUGUUAUCAUAUUCUAGCAGCCGGUUUAAAUGGUUAUAUGGCAACCGUCACUAACUUGAAGAGCCCUUCAAACAAAUGGCGUUGUGGUGCUGCUCCAAUAUCGGCUAUGAUGACUGUAAAGCAUUAUGGUCGUGGCUCAGGAUCAGGGUCCACGACUCUUGGGAAACCCGUAGUCCAUCCUGCUACCGUGGAUUUGAGAGGCAAAGUAUACGAGCUGCUUAGACAAAAUGCAACAAGAUUCUUGAUGGAUGAUGUCUACAGAAACCCCGGACCCCUUCAGUUUGAUGGUCCGGGUGCCGAUUCUAAGGCUGUCAGCUUGUGUGUGGAGGAUCUUGAUUACAUGGGUCGUAUCAAGGAACUGAACGAAUAUCUCGACAAGGUAAGAACGAUCGUGAAACCAGGUUGUUCUCAAGACGUUCUGAAAGCUGCGUUGAGCGCCAUGUCUUCUGUGACGGAUAUUCUUUCUGUCAUGACCUCACAGCGUCUAGAGUAGUACACGCCACUCCGGGUGGCUCAUCUUCCACCAUUGAAACUAGACUGUACUCGAACCUCCUUCGGAUAUCCUGUAUUUUCUCAAUUUUGUGACGAGUUGCUUUUUUAUUGUUUUUGAAGACAAACAAUUAGAUUGCGACUACUUGAUUCGGUCUUUCUGCUGUUCCUGUUUUCGGGUCUGGUUUCAGUUUCUGGGAAGAUUUAUAAUGAGAAAUAAAGCUUGACAUUUCAGGUCU